CUAAUGUUUUCCUAUGUGUCCAUGUACACAUUGUCGUUUACAGACAGUUGAAUUUACAGGUUUUUUUUUUAACGCACCAAACUUGAGUUCAGGAGUGGAUUUUAUCAGCGUUUCAAAUGCCAAAUGCUUGUAAAUGCUUCUAACCAUGUUCAUAAGCAUUUGAGUUUGGAAAAUUUUUUGAACUCUUCCAUUUCCAGAUGCUGUCCAAAGCCUUUUUUCAUCAUGAAAAAUGCAUGCAAAGCGUUUUCCCGGUACUCAAAUGGACCUGGCACACAAUACUUUGAGGUUUUGUAUGAAAAAAAAAUAUGUUAGACA